CUGUCCCCGCCCCGCGCCGCCGCUCCCGCCGCCGCGCAGCCCGUGAACGCCGCCGCCGCAGCCUCCGCCGCGGCGGCGAUGUGACUCCGGGGCCCUUCCCCCUUACCCCGCCGCCGCCCGCGCAGCGAACAUGGCGGAGCCUUCUGUUGAGUCUUCAAGCCCAGGAGGCUCAGCAACGUCUGAUGACCAUGAAUUUGAUCCAUCAGCUGAUAUGCUGGUGCAUGACUUUGAUGAUGAACGGACAUUAGAAGAGGAGGAAAUGAUGGAAGGAGAAACAAACUUCAGUUCUGAAAUAGAGGAUCUUAACAGGGAAAGCGAUAUGCCAAUCCAGGAGCUACUUAGCCGUUACGGCUAUGAUGGUACCAUUCCUCUCCAAGAAGAUGAAGAUGAUGAUGAUGAUGAAGAGGAAGAGGAGGAUGGGGAUGAUGAUGAUGAUGUUGAUAACGAUGACAACAGUGGCUGUAGCGGUGAAAACAAAGAGGAGACCAUAAAAGAUUCAUCAGGUCAGGAAGAUGAAACACAGUCAUCUAAUGACGACCCAGCACCAUCUGUUGCUUCUCAAGAUCCACAGGAGAUAAUUCGCCCUCGUCGAUGUAAAUAUUUUGACACAAAUAGUGAAAUAGAAGAGGAAUCUGAAGAAGAUGAAGAUUAUAUUCCCUCAGAAGACUGGAAAAAGGAAAUUAUGGUGGGCUCUAUGUUUCAAGCUGAAAUUCCAGCUGGCAUAUGCAAAUACAAAGAGAAUGAAAAAGUGUAUGAAAACGUUGACCAGCUGCUGUGGAAUCCUGACUUCUUACCCGAAGAUAAAGUGAUCGAGUUCCUAAAUGAAGCAUCAAGGCGUACGGGUGAUGAGAAAGGCCUAGAUGCAAUUCCUGAGGGGUCACAUAUUAAAGACAAUGAGCAGGCAUUGUAUGAACUAGUUAAGUGCAAUUUUGAUACUGAAGAAUCAUUAAGGAGGCUGAGAUUUAACGUGAAAGCAGCCAGAGAAGAAUUAUCCGUUUGGACGGAAGAAGAAUGUAGAAACUUUGAACAAGGGCUGAAAGUCUAUGGCAAGGAUUUUCAUGUGAUUCAGGCAAAUAAGGUACGAACAAGAUCAGUCGGUGAGUGUGUAGCAUUUUAUUACAUGUGGAAGAAAUCAGAGCGUUAUGAUUUCUUUGCGCAGCAGACACGAUUUGGAAAGAAGAAAUACAAUCUUCAUCCAGGCGUAACAGAUUAUAUGGACCGUCUCCUGGAUGAAAGCGAAAGUGCUGCUUCCAGCAGAGCUCCGUCCCCUCCUCCAACAACUUCCAACAGCAGCACCAGCCAGUCGGAAAGGGAAGACAGCACAACCAGCAACAGUAAUCAGAAUGGAGUGUCUGCAAAUGGGCCAGGUGAGGUACCAAAUAAAGAUGAAGCAAAAACCGAAGGACUGCAUGUAAACGGACCUACUAGUGGCAAGAAAACACCUCACACGGAUCUGGAUACAAAUGGGUAUGAAACUGAAAACCUUUCCAUUGACCCAAAACUUGCUCAUUCAGCUUCAAGAAAUGAAAGUGAUUUUGAAGAAAAAAAUGAAAGACCUCUAAAAAGAAGAAGAAUUAACAGCAAUGGAAAAGAGAGUCCAGGUUCUUCAGAGUUCUUCCAAGAAGCAAACUCACACGGAAAGCUUGAAGAACUAGAAACUUUGGAUGACUGAAUACUGGGAGCUGAUUUUAUUCCUUGGAGUGAAUUUUGGGUGUCUAAAAUUUUCAGGGUUGAUGGGUUACCUUACGAAAUCCAGUUCUGUAAAGCAAUCUGCUGAGACUUUUUUCUAAUACCUUCUAGUUGGCUCUUAAGAUCUGAUUACUUCUUUUUUUCAGUGCUAAAAAGCAGUAGGAGAAUAUUCCAUUUCUCAGAGCUGGCAACUCUAGUUCUGGGAAAUCAAAGGCCCUAAAAAAUGUGAGAAACAAAUCAGUGAGUUUCUGCAAGAACACUCCCAGCCUAAUACAUUAAAGAAACUUCUGUGUAUAAUUAUAAAAUACACCAAUUAAGCAUUGUACAAGUGAACAAAGCAUCCUAUUUGAAGCAGGGGGCUGGUUCAAAUGUUGCAGGAAGUUAAAAUGAAUUAAAGAAUGCCAAGACAUGCAUCAGAGCAGGCACAGAGACUUUCACCCAUGCUAGGAAGAGGGAAAUGUCAUUCCAUUGUUAAGGAACCCUUAUGAAUCCUGAAAGUUAUGAGCACAACUAUUUUUAUAUAUAGAAGUUUUUAAAGGUAAAUAAAUAAACCAGGUCAGGUUUGUAUAUGUAAAAUUUUUGACAUCAAUGAUGUCUUUCCAUAUUCUUUAUCUGGACUAAAGAAAUACAUUCUGUAUUUUUCCAGAUUUCUUUGUAGCCUUUGAAAGAUUUUUACAGUACUUAUGGCUUGAUUGAACUGUCCUUUCUUAAAACAAAAGCUUGUAUAAUUUUCUUAACUUGUACAGUUGGUAAACUUUUAUGAGAGAAUUGAUAUCCUGAGUCUAACGUCAGCUUUGUUUUAUUUUGCUGAAGUCUUUUCUAAAAAAAAUCCAGCAAAAAACCCAAACCAAACCAAUUGACUUAAAAAAUUCUUAUUAGUCUUGUACAUUUUGUUUUCUUCUCAGAAAACAGCGAAAGAUUAACAUCAAGAAUGGUUAUAAGUCGUUCGAUUUUGAAAACAUUAUUUUUCUUAGUUCUGUUUUAUGGCAAAGUGUGAUGAUAAAAAUUUGUUAAGUGAGUGUGAUCCUUGAGUUGCUCAAAUUUUCUUGCUUUCAUUAUAUAUUUUUUCCUUUUAUUUUGAGCUCAGAUAAAUUUCACAUUGGCCAAAUGCUUAAGUUUACUAAACCUUGUUCACAAGUGUUAGUUUAUCCAUCACUUUAUUUGCAAUCUGUCUGUCGUCUUCUACAUUUCACAGAGCACAGGAAGGGCAGGAAAUGGGUCCAGGGAUUCUGACUGUACGGGUUAGAAAUGUGCAGAGAUGUGCAGCUGGGAGCCUCAUCUUGAAUUUCUGAGAACUCAUGGACCUUAUAUGGAUGAAUAUUCCAUCGGGAGCAGAAACAUCACAUACAUGUACUCAGUACAGCGUUUACACAUAGAGACAUUUGGUAUAUGGAGAGUUGCCUGUGUAAGAAGUGGGAGUGGGUAUGGCUAACUAUUUUACGAUCAAAGUGCAAGGAACGACAAUACUUUAUAAAAGCACGUGGAGGGAGCGAUGCUCACCAGCCCAGUAGCACGGUCUGAAAGUGGUUGAAUUGGGUUUUACAUCCAUGAAAUAGAAAGGGUUUUGAUACUAAUGAUUUGGUUUAAAUUUGUUUUUAAGCCACAGCUACACACCUACUGUAUUAAAAAUAGGAACAAUUGUUCAUUUGUAUAAUUUGCAACCUUAUCUCCUCCUCGUGUGGCUUACAGGUGUUGCUAGUUUUAAUUGGUUAAUUUUACUUACAGUUUCUGAGUCUCCACAAUUCCAGUUUUAAAUGUACGGUCCUAUGGUUUGAAACUAAUAUAUCAACCUAAAAAAACCAACUGCUAAGGGUUUUGUUUGGUUUGUUUGCAUCUCAACGAUGUGUACUUGGAAAGUGUAGCCAUUAAUGAGCCAAAUCUGUUGGAUCUCGCCUGGCUCCGUAUUAACCUGCUGUUCCCAAGGAUGUGAAUGAUCCCAUCUUACCUGCAGAAGCUGACAUCUCCCCAGAACUAGCAAUCAACGUGGAGAGGCACAUCAGGAAGGUUCAAUAUAUGGCCUGCAUUAAUCAGAUAAUUAAGUGAUCAAUCAAUUGCUUUAGUAAGACGUUGCUGUUAACUUUACAGUCUGUUUUACUAAGGGAAACCCAAAGUAUCCCAGCCUUAGAUCAGGGCUUGAGAUGGUUUCAGACUGAGGGCAGUGCAGUGCUUUGAAGCAUCUUUGCAACUAGACCCUGUUUGCCAUUUUAUUUUUAUGCAUUUUUGUUUGCAAGUUGGAAAUACUUCCAAAAAGUGAUAGGAAAGUUUAUAAGUGAAUUGUCUCAGGCUUGUGUGUGAAAUACAGCACUGUGUAUAUUUUCAGGAAUGUUGCUUUGGUUUUUAUAUUACCUUUUUAUGGUGAUACGUAGAAGAGACCUGACAUUCCAUAAUCAACAAGUAUGUAACGCUCAGCUAGACUUUAAGAAUACUUAAUUAUAAUUUACAUUUUGUUUAUGCUGGUGUUUUAUACAAUACUUUGUCCAUGUUCUUCAAAAUGCAGCCACUAUAACUUAAUAAGUCAUUGCACUACUAAAGAUAUUUAAAAUUCUAGAACUACAGUAACUUUGAUUUCAUUUAAGAAGCCUUUAGUACAGUUUGGAGCCUGGAAGGGGUUGAACAUGUACCCAAACUGUGUCGCAAAGAUCACAAGUCGCAUGUGGCACACGGGUUGUUUUCAAGCACUGUUGUGAUGGGUUCAGCCAGAGCUGGUGGCCUGGAUUCAUGCCGUACUUCAGGACUGCACCUGAACAGAGAAUCCAGUUCAACAGCAUCGAUCCUUCCUGGGCUUUCUAAAGGGUUAACUGUGAGAUUAAAGAAACCACCCCCCCCCAUACACAUUUACAAAUCAGUUUUCUAUGGUUUUCCACACACAGUAAUUUUGCACUGUUAUUAAUUCCCUUCUCUUACCCCCACUCCCCCUCUGCAAUUCUGAAAAAGCUUAUUAAAAUAUUUUUUUAAA